AUGUCUAGGUCUUCUAUUGUCCAUAUCUUCCAAUGUUUAGGGCUUCCAAGGUAUAGGACUUGCAGGGUCUCCAGUUUUCAGGGCUUCCAGUAUCCAUUAACUCCAACACUCAGGGCCUCCAAAGUCUCCAAUGCCCAGAAUAACAAAUGUCCUCAAAAUCUAAGACUUCCAACGUCUCCAACAUCCUGUGCUUCCAAUGUCUCCAAUGUCCAGGGUUUCCAGUGGCGCCAGUGUCAAGGUCUUCCAGCGACUCUAGAUCUUCCAGCAACUCCAAGUCUUCCAACUAAUUCCAAGUCUUCCAGCAACAUCAAGGUCUUCCAACCAAACCAGUCUUCCAGAAAAUCCAUGACUUCCAGUCAAUCCAUGUCUUCCAGUAAAUCUAGUCUUCCAGCAAAUAUAGGUCUUCCAAAAAAUCCACAUCUUCCAGGAAAAUCCAUGUCUUCCAACAAUUUCAAGGUCUUCCAGCCAACCCAUGUCUUCCAGAAAAUCUUUGUCUUCCACCAAAUCCAAGUCUUCCAGCUAAUUUAUGUCUUCCAGAAAAAUGCAAGUCUUCCAGUCAAUCCAUGUCUUCCAGAAAGAAAUCCAGGUCUUCCUCUCAGUCCACGUCUUCCAGAAAUAUCUACGUCUUCCAUCAAAUCCAGAUCUUCCAGAAAAAUACAAGUCUUCCAACCAAUCCAUGUCUUCCAUCAAAUCCAGUCUUCCAGUCAAUCCACGUCUUCCAGACAAAAUCUAUGUCUUCCACUAAAUCCAGGUCUUCCAGCAAAGCCACGUCUUCCAGAAAAUUCAUGUCUUCCUAUAACGUUCGGGUCUUCCAGCAAAUCUACGUCUUCCAAAUAA